UCCAAGGGUUGGAUCAAGCGGCUAAUGAGGCAUUACUACAGUACCUUCACCUCGAGCAACAGAAAUGGACCAAGGUGUGGAUUUGGGAGGUUUUAAUUUCUGAUGAGGCUCGCAAGGUUGAUGCUGGAAGAGGCCUAGAAGGAGGCAUGGGGGCAGCAGAUAAAGCUUCCUUCAGGAAAGGCUAUCAACAGCAAGGAGGUGGGGGGAAGAAGAAAGAGUUGGACAAAUGCCUUGUGCCCGGAUGCAACAAAAAACACUCUUGGAAGAGUUGCUGGAGUAGGCCUGAGGGAUGGAAGCCUCACGGCUACUCUGGAGAGGCCCCACCAGUGACCAAACCUGAUUGGGUGGAGAAAAGGAUGAAGAAGGGGCUCUGGAAUAAGAAGGGCAGCAAGGGAGCAACGGCCGCAGCUGCUAAGGAUGAGAAGGGGAAGGGCCAAGACGACUCCUCCGAUGAUGGUUUCUCGUUUCUCAUGCUAGGGCAGGAUGCAUCUCUCGCUGGUCGUGCAUUGGCUGAUCCCAACUUCCUGGUUCUAGACUCUGGAGCAACAUCUGGGAUGCUUCCUCGCCGUGAUCUUUUCACCUCCUACCAUCCUCUCCCACCAAACUCUAGGAGAGUGAUUGUUGGGAGCGGAGAUUUGCUGCAGGCAAUUGGCAUCGGCACGAUCACCAUUAAGGGGAAGGAGGGGGAGCUAGUGGGCACAUAUGGUUUUUUCUGAGGAAGCCGCUUGUAGCACUCGCUGGAGGCAGGUGGAAACAGUGUCACCUGAGUUGCUACACCUUCGCAUGGGGCACGCGGGGAAGCAGCAACUACUGGAGUGUGUGAAGAAGGGGGAGCUGAAGGGGGUGGAGGUCAAGGAAGGAGCUGGGCAGCAGAGAAAAUGUCCUGACUGCACAUCUGGAAAGCUGCCUAGAACCUCAUUCCCUAUCUCCUCUGAUCAUGCCUCGACUCCCCUUGAGCUUGUACACACGGAUAUCGGGGUGGAGAGUACCUUGGGAAAGAACUUCAAAUCUUCUUGGAAGAAAAGGGUAUUUCCCACCAGCUCUCUGUACCUUACACGCCGCAGCAAAAUGGGGCAGCGGAGCGGCUUAACAGGACUUUGACCGA